CGUACGUAAGUAACCCCUCAUCAUCAUACACAAGAAAAACAUAAACAACCACACGUAACCAAGGAAGCAGCAUGCGCCUCAAAGUCUCAAAAAAAUAGCAGCAUGGGCAUCAUCAAGGCCGUGAACCAGCGCAUCGUGGACAACUUCCUCGCCGUCGUCGCCGCCGCCAUCUCCGGUUACUCUCUCGUCGCCCUCGUGCGGCUCGGACCAGCAGAGCUCGUCAGCUGGCUCCGUGAGCUCGAGCUUCAGCCGGCGCACCUAUUCUUGGCGGGGUUCGUCCCGGCCGCAGCGGCCACCGUGUACCUGAUGCUUCGCCCGCGCGCGGUGUACCUUAUCGACUACGCCUGCUUCCACUCCUCCUUCAACCGCCCGCUCGCCCGCAUCCCCAUGGCCUCCUUCGUCGAGCACACCAAGCAUACGCCCACCAUCGACGACCGCAGCGUCCGGUUCAUGUCGCGCCUGCUAGAGCGCUCCGGGCUCGGGGAGGAGACCUGCCUGCCGGCGGCGCACAACUACGUCCCGACGCACCAGUACUGCACCCUCGACAACGCACGCGACGAGUUCGACCUCGUCGUCUUCUCGGCCAUCGACGACCUGCUCGCCAAGACCGGCGUCGCCACACACGACAUCGGCGCGCUCGUCCUCAACUGCAGCCUCUUCUGCCCCACGCCGUCCUUGGUCGACAUCAUCGUGAACAAGUAUAAUCUACACAGCGACAUCCGCAGCGUGAACCUGUCCGGCAUGGGGUGCAGCGCGGGGCUCAUCGCCGUGGGGCUCGCCAGGAACCUCCUGCAGGUUCUUCCCCGAGGCUCCCGCGCGCUGGUCGUCUCCACGGAGACCAUCACGCCCAACUACUACGUCGGCAACGAGCGCGCCAUGCUCCUGCCCAACUGCCUGUUCCGCGUCGGCGGAGUGGCCGCGCUGCUGUCCACGUCCCCCGUGAACGCCCGCUUCCGCCUCAAGCACGUCGUGCGCACCUUCACCGGCGCCAGCGACGACGGCGCCUACCGCUGCGUGUUCCAGGAGGAGGACGACCAAGGGAACGUCGGGAUCAACCUGAGCAAGAACCUGAUGGCCGUCGCCGGGAGCUCGCUGCAGGCAAACAUCACCGAGAUCGGGCCGCUCGUGCUGCCCUUCUCGGAGCAGCUUCUCUUCCUCCUCUCCUUCAUCGCACGCAAGCUGUUUCCCGGCGCGCGUGUCAAGCCCUACGUCCCGGACUUCUCCACGGCGUUCAAGCACCUGUGCAUCCACGCCGGCGGCCGCGCCGUCAUCGACCAGCUGCAGAAGAAGCUCGGCCUCUCCGACGAGCAGGUGGAGGCGUCGCGGAUGACGCUGCACCGGUUCGGGAACACGUCGAGUAGCUCGCUGUGGUACGAGCUGGCCUACGUCGAGGCCAAAGGCCGGAUGUGCAACGGCGACCGUGUUUGGAUGAUCGGAUUCGGGUCGGGGUUCAAGUGCAACAGCGUGGUUUGGGAGUGUAUCCAACCAGCUGCCCGCUACACCGAUGGGCCGUGGACCUCGUCCAUCAGCAGGUAUCCGGUGGACAUUCCCGACGUGCUAAAAUAAGUCAAGAUUCAUAAAGUUUGACCAAGUUUAGGAAGAAAAUCAUCCAUAUCUACCAUAUACCAAAUACAUACCAUAUGAAAUGAAAAUAUAUAGCAUGAAUCUAGUAAUGGUAGUAUAUAUAGAUGUGGAUAAUUUGUUUAAUAAUCUUGGUCAAACGAUACAAAGUUUGAAUUAAAAUUUUCUAAUACGCACUCUAUUUCGGGAUGGUAGGAGUACUACGUACAUAAUCAGUGGAAAGCCCCACAAUGUCUCAUAAACAUUAAUAUCACAUGAGAUGUCGUGAAAAUCAAGCAAUUGUGUAGCUUGUUCCAGGACGAUGUUAAUCAAGCACAACAUGUGGGCUAAGCUUGGUCAUUAAGUUUGUAAUGUGAUCAUCCGUCUAUAAGGUGGUCGUGUGAAGGUUUUGUAAAUCAAGAUCCGGGUUAUUGUCUUGCGUCAUCUUGGGUGUGAGUGUUGGUUUAUAUAAAGCUAUGGAAAAAAAAAACUUGAAAAGCCACAAGUUACAGCGGAACCAAAAUAUUUUCUCUCUUUUAGUUCUCGCAUGUGUUGAUAACGACCAGAUUGCAUCUGAUUUCCAAUGAAGAAGGUUGAAAGAGGCAUCAAUGCUUGUAGAUCGAGUAGGCCGGACUUUCUUGUAUGUUAAGUUUAUGAGUCGACGACGGUGGUAUUUGUUAUCCAGCGUUUCAUUUU